AUGCUUGCGCAGUGGAUUGAAUCUCCUGUGCAAUUUAUAAUUCUGACUUUGCCUUUAUCUCCUAUUUCUCCAGAGGUUCAUAGUCAUCCAGAAUGGAGAGAUGAGGACCUUCUUAGUUCUUCUUGGGUAUACACUGUGCUCUAUGCAUGUGGGUUCUCCACAGUUUUCCUGGUGCGAACUCAUGGUGGAAUCCGAUGUGCAUUGAAGCGAAUGUAUGUCAAUAACAUGCCAGACCUCAACAUUUGUAAAAGGGAAAUUACAAUUAUGAAAGAGCUAUCUGGUCACAAAAACAUCGUGGGUUAUUUAGACUGUGCUGUUAAUUCAAUUAGUGAUAAUGUAUGGGAAGUGCUUAUCUUAAUGGAAUAUUGUCGAGCCGGGCAGGUGGUGAAUCAGAUGAAUAAGAAGCUGCAGACAGGUUUUACAGAACCAGAAGUGCUACAGAUAUUCUGCGAUACCUGUGAAGCUGUUGCACGGUUGCAUCAGUGUAAGACCCCAAUCAUUCACCGGGAUCUGAAGGUAGAAAAUAUUUUGUUGAAUGACAGUGGAAAUUAUGUACUUUGUGACUUUGGCAGUGCCACUAAUAAAUUUCUUAAUCCUCAAAAAGAUGGAGUUAAUGUAGUAGAAGAAGAAAUUAAAAAGUAUACGACUCUGUCAUACAGAGCUCCUGAAAUGAUCAACCUUUAUGGAGGGAAAAGCAUUACCACCAAAGCUGAUAUCUGGGCCCUAGGAUGUUUACUGUAUAAACUUUGUUUCUUCGCUCUUCCUUUUGGUGAAAGUCAAGUUGCUAUCUGUGAUGGCAGCUUUACCAUCCCGGACAGUUCUCGGUACUCCCAUAAUAUACAUUGCCUAAUAAGGUUCAUGCUUGAACCAGACCCAGAGCAUAGACCUGAUAUAUUUCAAGUAUCCUAUUUUGCAUUUAAAUUUGCCAAAAAGGAUUGUCCGGUUUCUAACAUCAAUAAUUCUUUGAUUCCUUCAGCUCUUCCUGAACCGAUGACUGCUAGUGAAGCAGCUGCUAGGAAAAGCCAAAUGAAAGCCAGAAUAACAGAUACCAUUGGACCAACAGAAACCUCGAUUGCACCAAGACAAAGACCAAAGGCCAACUCUACUACUGCCCCUCCUAGUAUGCUGACCAUUCAGAGUUCAGCAACACCUGUGAAAGUUCCUGCUCCUGGUGAAUUUGGUGACCACAGACCGAAAGGAGCCUUGAGACCUGGAAAUGGCCCUGAAGGUUUACUAGGCCAGGGGCCUCCUCAGCAGCCACCACAGCAGCACAGAGUCCUCCAGCAGCUCCAACAGGGAGACUGGAGAUUACAGCAGCUUCAUUCACAGCAUCACCAUCCUCACCAGCAGCAACAGCAGCACCAGUUACUUCAAGAUGCUUACUUGCAGCAGUACCAGCAUGCAGUGCAGCAGCAACAGAUACUUCAGCAACAGUUUUUAAUGCAUUCAGUAUACCAGCCACAACUUCCUGCGUCACAGUAUCCCACAGUGAUGCAGCAGUAUCAGCAGGCUUUCUUGCAGCAGCAGAUGCUAGCUCAGCAUCAGCAGUCUCAACAGCAGGCAUCACCUGAAUAUCUUACCUCCCCUCAAGACUUCUCACCAACUUUAGUUUCUUACACUUCAUCACUUCCAGCUCAGGUUGGAACCAUAGUGGACUCCUCGUAUAGUGCCAACAGGUCAAUGUCGGAGAAGGAGGCAGUUGCAGAUUUUACAAGUCAGAAGAACAUCAGUAACCCACCAGAUAUGUCAGGGUGGAAUCCUUUUGGAGAGGAUAAUUUCUCCAAGUUAACAGAAGAAGAAUUGUUGGACAGAGAAUUUGACCUUCUAAGAUCAAACAGGCUCGAGGAGAGAUCAUCCUCAGAUAAGAAUGUAGACCCACUUUCUGCUCCACAUACCCAUCCUCCAGAAGAUCCUUUUGGUUCUGUUCGUUUCAUUUCUCAUUCAGGUUCUACUGAAAAGAAAGUUGAACAUUUAUCCCUGAAUCAAGAAGAUAACACUGCACACCCUAUCCGGAAUGGUAAAGCAAGUCCAGUAUCUAAAGAUCAGCGGGCCAGAAAGAAGAUGUUAGAGAAUUCAUCAGUACGGGGUCAAGUGCAAAAGGGGAAUGAUGACUCUGAAAGUGAUUUUGAAUCAGACCCCCCUUCUCCUAAGAGCAGUGAAGAGGAAGAGCAAGAGGAUGAAGAAAUUCAGGGAGAGCAAGAUUUUAAUGAUGAUGAUACUGAACCGGAGAAUCUGGGUCAUAGGCCUCUCCUCAUGGAUUCUGAAGAUGAAGAAGAAGAGGAGAAACAUAGCUCUGAUUCUGAGUAUGAGCAGGCUAAAACAAAGUACGGUGACAUGAACCCUGUCUGCAAAGAAAAACUUGGCAGUGAACCAACCCAGGACCCUAUUACAGCUCUCCUCACUCCAACUCAUUUAUCUGCUAAUGCUGGGGUAGACACUCCCAAACUGGAGUUUGAUGUGUUUGGCGCUGUCCCCUUCUUUGCAGUUCACACUCAACAGUCCCAGCAAGGAGAGAAUGAAAAGAACCUCUGUCAACAGAUGUUUCCUACCAGGGGACUAGAGCAAGAGGAGUUUGAUGUAUUCACAAAGGCGCCAUUUAGCAAGAAGGUGAAUGUACAGGAUUGCCCUGUAGUGGGGCCGGAGGCGCAUAUUCUCUCUGGUUGUCCCAAAAGUGUAGAUAUAUUUGGCUCCACUCCCUUUCAGCCCUUUCCCACAUCCACGAGUAAAAGUGAAAGCAAAGAGGACCUUUUUGGGCUUGUGCCCUUUGAGGAAAUAACUGGGAGCCAGCAGCAGAAAGUCAAACAGCGCAGCUUACAGAAACUGUCCUCUCGCCAAAGGCGCACAAAGCAGGAUAUAUCCAAAAGUAAUGGGAAGCGGCAUCACGGCACACCAACUAGCACAAAGAAGACUUUGAAGCCUGCCUACCGCACUCCAGAGAGGGCUCGCAGGCACAAAAAAGUGGGCCGCCGAGACUCUCAAAGCAGCAAUGAAUUUUUAACCAUCUCGGACUCUAAAGAGAACAUUAGCAUUGCAUUGACUGAUGGGAAAGACAGAGGGAAUGUCCUACAACCUGAGGAAAGUCUGUUGGACCCCUUUGGUGCCAAGCCCUUCCAUCCUCCAGACCUGCCAUGGCACCAGUCACAUCAAGGCCUGAGUGACAUCUGUGCUGAUCACAAUGCUGUCCUGCCUGGGCGGCCGAGACAGAACUCACUACAUGGGUCUUUCCAUAGUGCAGAUGCAUUGAAAAUGGAUGACUUUGGUGCCGUGCCCUUUACAGAACUUGUGGUGCAAAGCAUCACACCACAUCAGUCCCAACAGUCUCAACCAGUUGAAUUAGACCCAUUUGGUGCUGCUCCAUUUCCUUCUAAACAGUAGAUACUUCUGAUGGAUUCUUGGUAUUAACUCCUGUUUCAAGAGUAUGAAUAGUUUUAUGAAUUUUAAAAGAAAAUUUAUUUGUAUAUCUCUUUAUAUCAUUCAUUCUUACAAGUCAAACCAGAUAGGUGAUUUUUAAAUAAACCAAAUAGAAAAAGGAAGUCUCCCUACAGAGUAGUAACCGGAUGCUUCUUCCAAGCAGGAGGAAAAGGAGCUGAAUUCUGAAUUGAAAGCUCUAACAGUGGGUUUCUGCUGUUGACACUGGGACACAGAAAUGCAAGGGGGCACUUGCAGUGAAAGGUCAAGGGGGCCGAAGGGACAGGAAAGUUGUAUCAUUUUUCUUGGUAUUCGAAUAUCACUUAACGUGCAUAUCCAGGCUCAUUGCAGAUCCAGCAUUUAAAACUAGGCUGAUUUGUACACAUACGUUGCAUUUGUGAACUUUAAGGUCUCAGAUUACUUUUCACUGUUUCUAAUUUUCACACAGUGAAAAGUAAUCUAACUUGUAAAGAACUAGGAAGAUACUAUCUGGACAGUAUAGAUGUCAGUUCAUAUCCCUUUCUCUAUAAAGCAGAGCCAGAAGUAACUAUUGUGCCUAAAACGCUGUUGCAUUUUAAAAACAAGUGCCAUUAAUAUGGAAUAUCUAAUGACAAUUAUGUGAAAUAAUGCAUAUGUUAGCUUAAUUUUGUCCUUCUGCAAUGUAUACAUAUUUUAAAAUAUGUUGUACAUGAUAUAUACAGUUGUCAAUAAGAAAUAAACUUUUAAAAUAUGGAAUAUCUAAUAGAAGCCUAGAACAAAA